UGUAAAUAGUGUGUUAUUUGAAUCGCUAUCCCGGCAGACCGGCAUGGGAUAGCCAUGGUGACUUAGAAGUCGGUGCCCAUGGGCCGUUUCCAUGCCUCCACGAAGCACCACGCAGAGCGGACGGUGCCCUUCGGAGCGGCCUUCGAUGCUUCGGUGGGCAAGUCCUUCCCGCGGAACUAUGUCACCACAUCGAAGUACACCUGGUUGAGCUUCCUGCCGUUGGUGACGUUCGAACAGUUUCAGAAGAGAGCCAAUGUCUACUUCACCUUCAUUUGCAUCUUGAUGUACCUGGGCGAACACACACCGCUCAUCGAUAGCAGCGUCUCCUGGUGGUCCACCGCUUGUGUCUUGAUCCCGAUGAUGGCCAUGAGCAUGGUCAUCUCCGGCUUGGACGAUGCAAGGCGGCACCAGUCGGACCGGCAGAUGAACAACCAGCGCGCCCGGGCCAUCCGCAUCGGCGGCUCCUAUGGCGUCUACCUGGACACAGUGCUUUGGAAGGACAUCUUAGUCGGGGACAUUUUGGUCCUCAAGAGCGAAGAAGAGCUUCCGGCCGACUUGAUCCCUUUGGCCUGUGCAGGGCAGAAUGGCCAGUGCUACGUCUCCACAGCCAACUUGGACGGGGAGACCAACUUGAAGAUCAAGAAUUGCCUGAACCUGGCGCAAGCCUGUCUUUGCAGUGAUGACUUGGACCAGGACGGCCCACCUUUGUUGGACCAGGCCAUUGAAAAGCUGCCCACCUUGCAUGGUUUGCUCCACAUCGAGGCGCCUAGCAAGUCGAUCAACAAGUUCUCAGGAUCAGCAGAACUGGAGAAUGGUGACACCAACAAGGAAUCAUUGUCGGCGGCCAACUUGCUCUUGCGAGGGACGCAGCUGCGGAACACGGCCUGGCUCUUUGGCGUGGUGGUCUACACGGGGCCCCAGACCCGGAUGGCCAUGAACAGCCGCGAGACCCCCACGAAGCUGGCGAACCUCGAGCAGGUGGUGAACCGUGCCAUGCUGGUGGUGCUGGGCGCCCAAGCGGUCUUGGCCAUGCUGAGCUCAGUGCUGUAUGUGGCUCAUGAGGGCAAGUUCAAAAGCCUUUGGUACUUGUAUCCUCCCAAUACCUUCAUACGCGAAGGGCUCUUCACGCGACUGGUCAUGAACUGGUUCAAGUUCUUCAUCCUUUACUCCAACCUCAUGCCCAUCUCCUUGUAUGCUGCCAUGGAGAUCUGCAACUUUUUUCAGGCCUACUUCGUCAAGAGCGAUUUGGCCAUGUACGAUGAGGAUCAGGAUUGUCCUGCAGCCGUUCGUUCGACCAACUUGUGUCAUGAGUUGGGACAGAUCUCCUACAUCUUCUCGGACAAGACCGGGACCUUGACUCAGAACGUCAUGGAGUUGAAGCGCAUCGCAGUGCUGGGCCAGGUCUUCGGGGAAGUCACCGAGCAGCGAGGCUUCUCUCAGGUGAAGGAACUGCAGAGCUGGGCCAAGGCCAUUCCACAGCAUCAGAUGGCCGUGGAUGCCUUCUUAGAGGUCUUGGCGAUCGCCCACACGGUCAUGAUCGCCACCAACAACAAGGGGGACCAAUGCUUUGAAGCGGAAAGCCCCGAUGAAGGCGCUUUGGUGGAGGGUGCUCAACAGCUGGGGUGGACUUACGUCCAUCGUUCCGGCGACGCCAUCACCGUGGAGCUCGCGCCCUCGACCUCGCGGCGCUACGCGGUGCUCGCGGUGAACAGCUUCAACUCCACCAGGAAGCGCAUGUCCACUGUGGCCCGUGCGCCCGACGGGCGUUUGUGGCUUUGGGUGAAGGGUGCUGACAAUGUGAUGAUUGCUCGAGCAGCAGCGGUACCUGGCUGGAUCAAUGAGAGCUUGAGUAAUUUUUCCAAAGAUGGACUCAGGACCUUGGUCUUGGGUCGACGUGCCUUGGACCCUGCGGAGGCCGAGAAGUGGCUCAAGGCCUUCGAAGCCGCCCAGUGCAGCCUGGAGGACCGGGAGGACCGAUUGGAGGAGCUGGCGGAGCAGAUCGAAGUGAACCUGGAGCUCUUGGGCGUCACGGGGAUCGAAGAUAAGCUCCAAGUGGGCGUCCCCGACACCAUUGAAAAGCUGAGAGAGGCGGGGAUUCAGCUCUGGGUGUUGACGGGGGACAAGUUGGAGACGGCCCGUAACAUCGGCUUCAGCACACGGCUCCUGAGCACCUCCAUGGACAUCGCUGUGCUGACGGGAGAAGAGAAUCUGGAAGAGUCUUUACAGGAGAUCCGCUUGCAGCACUUGAAGGCCAAGGAGAGCGGCCUCACGUGCGCGUUGAUGGUCACAGGCCUUGCGCUGGAGCAUGUCACAGCGCAGAACCUCAGCGAGGACUUCUUCGAAGUCUCGAAGAACUGCAGCGUGGUGGUCGCGUGCCGAGUAUCCCCCUUGCAAAAGUCCCAGCUGGUGCGAAUGGUCCGCGAAUCAGAGGAUCCGCAACCCAUCACCUUGGCCAUCGGCGACGGUGCCAAUGACGUGCCAAUGAUCCAAGAGGCACAUGUUGGAGUCGGAGUCUCAGGCAAGGAGGGCCGCCAAGCGGUGAACGCGGCGGAUUUCUCCAUCGCCCAGUUCCGCUUCCUCGAGAGGCUCUUGCUGGUGCACGGGCGCUGGGACUACCGCAGGGCCUGCAAAUUCAUCCUCUACACCUUCUGGAAGAAUGCGAUCAUCACGAUGUUGCUUUUCUACUACACCUUUUUCUCAGGCUAUUCAGGCACAUGCAUGUUCACCAGCACCGUGUGGACCUCCUUCAGCAUGAUCCUCUUUUGGCCGGUCAUCGCCACCACUCUCUUCGACCGCGACGUCACGGACGCGCAGGCGGUGAAGUACCCGGCACUCUAUGAGACGGGUCGCUUGGGGCUGGAUUUAAACCUCACAAAGAUGAUUGAGAUGCUUUUAUCCGCCUUUGUCCAUUCCAUGGUGAUCAUGACCGUCGCUGUGGUGAGUGUGGGAGACCUUGACAUCGGUGCCACGGGGUCCUACUAUUCCUUCAGCUUCAUGAUCUUCUCCUGGGUGGUGGUGACCAUGAACUACCGGGCGAUCUUCAUCACUACAACCUACAACUGGGUCUUUGUGGCCUCCUUGGUGGCUUCCUUUGCCACCUAUUUGCUUUUCGCCAUCGUCUACUGCCAGUUGCCGUCCUUCUUUCCGGAAGUGUACCAGAUGCUUUACCACGUGAUGCAAAAGCCCAUUUUUUGGACCGGCGGGUUCGUGGUGCCGCUCCUGGCGAUGAUGAUUGACAUCUUCAAGGCCUAUUUGAUGUUGGAGUUCUUCCCAGAUACCAGGGAUUUGAUCUUGGAGAGCAGCGUGAAGGGAGAGCUGUCCACUCAAAUGCGACGUGUGAAGAGUGAGAUCUUGCCCGCGACGGGCAGCAGGGACAUCUUGGUCCCCAGGAGCCACUCUUGGCAGCCCUCAGCGCAGAUCUCCUCCUCCUUUGCCUUCAACUACCCUGAAGGCAUGAAACAGGUUGACACCAGGCUCAACGUGCGCUCCACCAGCAAGCUGGACACUUCGUUGCUGGACACUGCCGAACGGCACCGGGACCCCAGCGCCUCGUCGAGCAGCGUCUCCGACACGGAAAGCGUCUCCAGCAGCCAAUCCAGCAUUACGAGUGUGAAACAUCAACGACCCUCCUCCACCCCGUUCGCCCAGCAGACCAUGCGCUCUGUACAGUUCGUUUUGAGUUGGAAGAUGGUCUUUCUCUCCUCUUCGAUCAUUGGCAUCCUCUUUUGUUGCAUGGGCCUUGGCACCUUGUUGGUCUCCCUGAGCGCUUCCCAGCUGCGGAUCCUCUACGACGGUCCCGCCAACGAGAUCGAUGGCCGGAGCAGUUCUUGGGAUUUCAUGGGGCAAAAUGUCGUCCUUCCCUGCCAUGCCCCGUCGUCGUGCACCUACACCAUGAAGCUGCCCAUAGAUCUCGAGCCGCCCAUCCAAGUCUACUACGAGGUGAAACCCUUUUGGCAGAACUACUUCUCAUACAUGAGCUCGGUGGUGCGGCCGCAGCUCCAUGGUCACCUGGCACAGGACCAGGCCCUGCAGCGCUGCGCCCAGCACUCCCGUGUGACCUCCUCGGGCGAGGAGAUCUUCCCCUGUGGGCUGAUGGCCACCUCAGUCUUCAACGAUACUUUUGCGAUCCGGGACACAUACAUCGACACGGAGUCUCCGCAGAUGCCAAUCUGGCGGCACUUUGAAAAUCCCCCGGAGUACUUGAAGGAACCCGGGUUCUCAUGGCUCUAUGAGCGCUACCCCAAGGUCACAAGCCGGGACCUGGGCGUGCGCUCGAAGCGCUUCAUCGCGUGGAUGUGUCCCAACUUCUUGAACCGAGCCAGCAAGCCGUAUGGUGCCGCUUGGCAAGUGCUAUGGGUGGGUGAACACGGGAGUACCAAGGGCCGACUCCAAUUGGAUGGCAGAACUCAUCCAAGAAACUUUGUUUGUUUUGCAUCACCUUUGGCUCCUUUUCUGGGAGUGCACCUUGAGCUGCUUUUGCCUCAAAACACGUGGGGGCCUAUAUAUCAAGCAUCACUGUUGUUUGCUGAUAUUCGAUCUUUGCACAGAUUUGGCCCUUCCUUUGCAAGAAGCUCUUGAGGAGAGUGAGGUGCUGACAGCCAGAACAUGGCAUUUGGAGCUACAUGCAUUCAGAAAAGACGAUGUGCUUUUGUUUCUACCACUUGAACCAACAAUCAGUCAGCAGGUGUUUUCUUCGAUUGGAGCAGUGGCAGGUGGGCUUUCCACAGGAUCAACGGUUCACGUCUCACGGAGGGUCUGGAACUCGCCCCUUUUUUGAACGCCACCUGGAAGGACGUGAGCGGCCUCCAAGACUGUGAGAAACCGAGCGUGUCACCUCAUGGUGAAAACGCGGGUGUACCCUGGUUUGGGGAUGGCAGCUCAGUUGAACAGACAACUGAUGAUCCCCUUCUGCGAUCCGGGAGGUGAUCUCAGAGCAUUUGAAGAAGGGCAGCAUCAUCGACUUUGUGAUCAGCUCCUCUUUCCCGGUCGAGCAGCUGGGCGCUCGGAAGACGGUGCUGUUGACGCGGGGCACGCAGAACUACACCCUGGCUGUGGUGCUUUUGGUGAGUCACUUGGCCCCAGAAGACCAGAGGAGCUGGAAGAGACAAGGAACUUGAGACGAACACAUGGAUCAUGUGGCACCCCAAGUUCAACACUAGUUGGUAGAGGAAAGACAAGCAUCCAUCCAACAAACAGGUCACAUCACAAGGCAACAACAAAGACACUGUCCCAAGGGUUGAGUCUGCCCGUCAUCCACACCUUUGGAUCCAAAUCAUUGCGUUCAAAAAACAAACAAAAAACACUUUGCCCCACUGUAGACGUUUCCAAAUCCACCCUCCUGCAACAAAUUCAAGUUUUGAAGCGCCAUCAGUAGCAGUUUUCUUGACAGUUUUCCCGACCAACGACUUGAAGGACCCCGACCCCGUGGCCUUGUCCCAUGCACAGAAGCACAGGUGGAGGCCUUUGCUUCGUUUUAGCCUCCGUCGUUUGGGCCAUCCACCUCUUCUGCGCGCGGCCACCCGGGUCCGCCCGCCGGGGCUGGCCGCGCCCGUUCCACUGGCCCAACACCGUUACGACGCUGUCGGACAGCGAGUCUUCAGAGUCAGCGUGAUCGUGAUGAAAAAUUGGAUGGACGGGGAUCAAGCACGAAUAAGAAAAUACGUG